AUGGUAUUGCUUUUGCUGGAGAAUAAACAUGUGAACAUAGAGCUGGAAAACAUGCACAGCUCAGCAGCAGUGCUGACCUCCUGUAACUUUAAUCAGGACAGUGAGCCAUUCUGUAGGUUCAGUCAAGACUCCACAGAUAACAGUGACUGGACCCGACACAAAGGCCAAACCCCAACACCUGGGACAGGCCCCAGUGGAGACUACCCUGAUGGAAAGGGAUACUAUAUCUACCAUGAGUGUGAUAAUGUGGCAAAUGGACAGAAAGCUCGUCUGCUGAGUCCUGUCCUCACAUCAUCGGCCUCUGAGAUCUGUGUCAAGUUCCAAUACUACAUGUACGGCUCUGACAGUAACAAUGUGUUGAGGGUUCUGGCCAGGAAAUCUGGCAGUGACAAAGAGGUUUGGAAGAAGACUGGUUUCCAGAGUCCAUCCUGGCUAGAGGGUUCCAUCACCGUGCCCAAACCCAGCAGUCAGAGCGUCACUAUUGUAUUUGAGGCUCAGAGAGGAUUGACUCCUUCAUGUGACUCAGCUCUUGACAACAUUGUCAUCACUGAAGGAGCAUGUCCUUCUUGCGUUUAUGGCUGUGAUUUUGACACCUUGGAUGAUUUGUGUGGAUGGACAGCUGUAACAGAUGAUCCAAAUGUGUUUGGCUUUAGUCAGUGGCUUGGGCCGACAGACACUGAAGGCACUGGACCCGAGGAUGACUUCUCCAAGCCUGGGUUCGGAGCCUAUAUGUUGAUGGAUGCUCUUGACGCUAUCCCUGGAGAUCAGGGUCAGAUAAGAAGUCCUUUAGUGACCCCCUCCUCUGGAUGUCUGGACCUCAUGUUUCACUACUACCUGUACGGCACCAGCACCACCAUGAAGAUCAGUGUUCACACCAUCAGCACUGGUGGAACCCUUGGACCUGCUCUUUUCACUGUCAAGGGGGACCAGGGCCAAGCCUGGAAACCUGCACAAGUCCGCUACCUGGGAUCUGCUGCCAUUCAGUUUGUGAUUGUGGGUACCUAUGGAGAGACUCCUGAGACAGAUAUUGCUAUUGAUGCCGUGUGUGUCAUGAACUGCAAAGCUGAACAAACAACGCCUCUACCACCAGUUACAUCUCCAACUACACCUAAACCAUCAACUCCCAGACCAACUACUCCUAAACCAUCAACUCCCAGACCAACUACACCCAAACCAACAACUCCUGAGCCAACUACACCUAAACCAUCAACUCCCAGACCAACUACACCCAAACCAACAACUGCCAGACCAACUACACCUAAACCAUCAACUCCCAGACCAACUACACCCAAACCAACAACUGCCAGACCAACUACACCCAAACCAACAACUGCCAGACCAACCACCAAGCCACCAAGUAUGACAUGUCCUUCCCUUAUAUAUUCCAUUCAACCAAUUCCUUUGUCUCUGUGCCGUUCAGACCCAUGCCCUCCUAAUGCAGAGUACAUAGACUGUGGUCCAGCUUGUAUCCCUUCCUGUCAGGAGCCUUCCACCAACUGUACUGGUUCUUGCAUAAGUGGCUGCUUCUGUAAACCAGGGUUUGUCUUCAAGGGACCCCGCUGUGUGCCACUGGAGAAAUGUGGCUGCCUGGAUGACCAGAAUAACUAUUAUGAGCCUGGUGAGAUCAUAUUUGGAGAUGGCUGCUCACAGCUGUGUCGCUGUGCAGGGAACUACACUUUGGAAUGUCUUGAUAACUCCUGUGACCCAACUGAAGAGUGCCGUGAGGUUAACGGUGUUUCAGGCUGCUAUCCUAAAGGUACAUCUACAUGCAUAGCGUCUGGUGAUCCCCAUUACACCACCUUUGAUAAACGCAAGUACAACUUCAUGGGCAACUGCAGCUAUUUGAUGUCUGAACCCUGCAAUCAAACAACUCUUCCACACUUUGAGGUCCAUGCUGACAAUGAGAAUCGCUUUAACAGGCCCACUAUCUCCUAUUUGAAGGCUGUACAUGUACAUGUACACAUGGUGAAAAUCUCCAUCCUCAAAGGUGGCACUGUGCAGGUGAAUGGGACCAAUACAAACCUGCCAGUUACACCAGUACCUGGUGUGUCUGUGUUCAAGUCAGGAAAGCACUACACUGUGUCCAUGAACUUUGGUGUGACCGUUCGCUAUGAUGGAAAUCACUUCAUGGAUAUCAAAGUAAUCAAAGACUAUCAGGACAAACUGUGUGGAUUGUGUGGAGAUUACAAUGGAGUUGCCAAAGAUGACUUCCGUAAACCAGAUGGGUUGUUGGCCACAAAUCCAAAGGUCUUUGGAGACAGCUGGAACACUGAUCCACAGUGUAAUAAGAAACCCAACACCACCAUCCCUGGAUGUGAUGAAGAAGAGCAGGAACUAUAUGAGAGCUCUGGAUAUUGUGGCAUCCUCCUGGACAAAAACGGUCCAUUUGCUGUGUGUCACCGCAAAGUCAACCCCAAUAAUUACUUCAAGGACUGCAUCUUUGACCUGUGUGAGCUGGAUGGAGCCAAGCCCAUUCUGUGUGAGGCCAUCGAAGCCUAUGUCAAUGAAUGCCAGGACCGUGGGGUCAACAUUGGACCCUGGAGGAAUGAAACCUUCUGCCCCCUGAGUUGCCCCCCCAACAGCCACUAUGAGCCUUGUGCAGACUCUUGUCAGGAGACAUGUUCUGGGAAACCUCCCUCCUGCAGUGGGCCCUGCUCUGAGGCCUGUGUGUGUGAUCCUGGCUAUGUCCUGAGUGCCGGCAAAUGUGUGAGGAGGAGUUCAUGUGGCUGCACACACACCAAUGGGCAGUAUUAUGAGCCUGGAGAGGAGUUUUAUGUGGAGGACUGUAAGCUGAAGUGUAGGUGUGACGCUCCCUCCGUUACCUGUAUGGCCUCUGAAUGUCCCCCAAUGCAUGAAUGUAAACUCCAGGAUGGAGACCUGGGCUGCUUUCCCACUGGUACAUCUACAUGCAUAGCGUCUGGUGAUCCCCAUUACACCACCUUUGAUAAACGCAAGUACAACUUCAUGGGCAACUGCAGCUAUUUGAUGUCUGAACCCUGCAAUCAAACAACUCUUCCACACUUUGAGGUCCAUGCUGACAAUGAGAAUCGCUUUAACAGGCCCACUAUCUCCUAUUUGAAGGCUGUACAUGUACAUGUACACAUGGUGAAAAUCUCCAUCCUCAAAGGUGGCACUGUGCAGGUGAAUGGGACCAAUACAAACCUGCCAGUUACACCAGUACCUGGUGUGUCUGUGUUCAAGUCAGGAAAGCACUACACUGUGUCCAUGAACUUUGGUGUGACCGUUCGCUAUGAUGGAAAUCACUUCAUGGAUAUCAAAGUAAUCAAAGACUAUCAGGACAAACUGUGUGGAUUGUGUGGAGAUUACAAUGGAGUUGCCAAAGAUGACUUCCGUAAACCAGAUGGGUUGUUGGCCACAAAUCCAAAGGACUUUGGAGACAGCUGGAACACUGAUCCACAGUGUAAUAAGAAACCCAACACCACCAUCCCUGGAUGUGAUGAAGAAGAGCAGGAACUAUAUGAGAGCUCUGGAUAUUGUGGCAUCCUCCUGGACAAAAACGGUCCAUUUGCUGUGUGUCACCGCAAAGUCAACCCCAAUAAUUACUUCAAGGACUGCAUCUUUGACCUGUGUGAGCUGGAUGGAGCCAAGCCCAUUCUGUGUGAGGCCAUCGAAGCCUAUGUCAAUGAAUGCCAGGACCGUGGGGUCAACAUUGGACCCUGGAGGAAUGAAACCUUCUGCCCCCUGAGUUGCCCCCCCAACAGCCACUAUGAGCCUUGUGCAGACUCUUGUCAGGAGACAUGUUCUGGGAAACCUCCCUCCUGCAGUGGGCCCUGCUCUGAGGCCUGUGUGUGUGAUCCUGGCUAUGUCCUGAGUGCCGGCAAAUGUGUGAGGAGGAGUUCAUGUGGCUGCACACACACCAAUGGGCAGUAUUAUGAGCCUGGAGAGGAGUUUUAUGUGGAGGACUGUAAGCUGAAGUGUAGGUGUGACGCUCCCUCCGUUACCUGUAUGGCCUCUGAAUGUCCCCCAAUGCAUGAAUGUAAACUCCAGGAUGGAGACCUGGGCUGCUUUCCCACUGACCCAUGCCCUCCUAAUGCAGAGUACAUAGACUGUGGUCCAGCUUGUAUCCCUUCCUGUCAGGAGCCUUCCACCAACUGUACUGGUUCUUGCAUAAGUGGCUGCUUCUGUAAACCAGGGUUUGUCUUCAAGGGACCCCGCUGUGUGCCACUGGAGAAAUGUGGCUGCCUGGAUGACCAGAAUAACUAUUAUGAGCCUGGUGAGAUCAUAUUUGGAGAUGGCUGCUCACAGCUGUGUCGCUGUGCAGGGAACUACACUUUGGAAUGUCUUGAUAACUCCUGUGACCCAACUGAAGAGUGCCGUGAGGUUAACGGUGUUUCAGGCUGCUAUCCUAAAGGUACAUCUACAUGCAUAGCGUCUGGUGAUCCCCAUUACACCACCUUUGACAAACGCAAGUACAACUUCAUGGGCAACUGCAGCUAUUUGAUGUCUGAACCCUGCAAUCAAACAACUCUUCCACACUUUGAGGUCCAUGCUGACAAUGAGAAUCGCUUUAACAGGCCCACUAUCUCCUAUUUGAAGGCUGUACAUGUACAUGUACACAUGGUGAAAAUCUCCAUCCUCAAAGGUGGCACUGUGCAGGUGAAUGGGACCAAUACAAACCUGCCAGUUACACCAGUACCUGGUGUGUCUGUGUUCAAGUCAGGAAAGCACUACACUGUGUCCAUGAACUUUGGUGUGACCGUUCGCUAUGAUGGAAAUCACUUCAUGGAUAUCAAAGUAAUCAAAGACUAUCAGGACAAACUGUGUGGAUUGUGUGGAGAUUACAAUGGAGUUGCCAAAGAUGACUUCCGUAAACCAGAUGGGUUGUUGGCCACAAAUCCAAAGGACUUUGGAGACAGCUGGAACACUGAUCCACAGUGUAAUAAGAAACCCAACACCACCAUCCCUGGAUGUGAUGAAGAAGAGCAGGAACUAUAUGAGAGCUCUGGAUAUUGUGGCAUCCUCCUGGACAAAAACGGUCCAUUUGCUGUGUGUCACCGCAAAGUCAACCCCAAUAAUUACUUCAAGGACUGCAUCUUUGACCUGUGUGAGCUGGAUGGAGCCAAGCCCAUUCUGUGUGAGGCCAUCGAAGCCUAUGUCAAUGAAUGCCAGGACCGUGGGGUCAACAUUGGACCCUGGAGGAAUGAAACCUUCUGCCCCCUGAGUUGUCCCCCCAACAGCCACUAUGAGCCUUGUGCAGACUCUUGUCAGGAGACAUGUUCUGGGAAACCUCCCUCCUGCAGUGGGCCCUGCUCUGAGGCCUGUGUGUGUGAUCCUGGCUAUGUCCUGAGUGCCGGCAAAUGUGUGAGGAGGAGUUCAUGUGGCUGCACACACACCAAUGGGCAGUAUUAUGAGCCUGGAGAGGAGUUUUAUGUGGAGGACUGUAAGCUGAAGUGUAGGUGUGACGCUCCCUUCAUUACCUGUAUGGCCUCUGAAUGUCCCCCAAUGCACGAAUGUAAACUCCAGGAUGGAGACCUGGGCUGCUUUCCCACUGGUACAUCUACAUGCAUAGCGUCUGGUGAUCCCCAUUACACCACCUUUGACAAACGCAAGUACAACUUCAUGGGCAACUGCAGCUAUUUGAUGUCUGAACCCUGCAAUCAAACAACUCUUCCACACUUUGAGGUCCAUGCUGACAAUGAGAAUCGCUUUAACAGGCCCACUAUCUCCUAUUUGAAGGCUGUACAUGUACAUGUACACAUGGUGAAAAUCUCCAUCCUCAAAGGUGGCACUGUGCAGGUGAAUGGGACCAAUACAAACCUGCCAGUUACACCAGUACCUGGUGUGUCUGUGUUCAAGUCAGGAAAGCACUACACUGUGUCCAUGAACUUUGGUGUGACCGUUCGCUAUGAUGGAAAUCACUUCAUGGAUAUCAAAGUAAUCAAAGACUAUCAGGACAAACUGUGUGGAUUGUGUGGAGAUUACAAUGGAGUUGCCAAAGAUGACUUCCGUAAACCAGAUGGGUUGUUGGCCACAAAUCCAAAGGACUUUGGAGACAGCUGGAACACUGAUCCACAGUGUAAUAAGAAACCCAACACCACCAUCCCUGGAUGUGAUGAAGAAGAGCAGGAACUAUAUGAGAGCUCUGGAUAUUGUGGCAUCCUCCUGGACAAAAACGGUCCAUUUGCUGUGUGUCACCGCAAAGUCAACCCCAAUAAUUACUUCAAGGACUGCAUCUUUGACCUGUGUGAGCUGGAUGGAGCCAAGCCCAUUCUGUGUGAGGCCAUUGAAGCCUAUGUCAAUGAAUGCCAGGACCGUGGGGUCAACAUUGGACCCUGGAGGAAUGAAACCUUCUGCCCCCUGAGUUGCCCCCCCAACAGCCACUAUGAGCCUUGUGCAGACUCUUGUCAGGAGACAUGUUCUGGGAAACCUCCCUCCUGCAGUGGGCCCUGCUCUGAGGCCUGUGUGUGUGAUCCUGGCUAUGUCCUGAGUGCCGGCAAAUGUCCUGGAGAGGAGUUUUAUGUGGAGGACUGUAAGCUGAAGUGUAGGUGUGACGCUCCCUUCGUUACCUGUAUGGCCUCUGAAUGUCCCCCAAUGCACGAAUGUAAACUCCAGGAUGGAGACCUGGGCUGCUUUCCCACUGACCCAUGCCCUCCUAAUGCAGAGUACAUAGACUGUGGUCCAGCUUGUAUCCCUUCCUGUCAGGAGCCUUCCACCAACUGUACUGGUUCUUGCAUAAGUGGCUGCUUCUGUAAACCAGGGUUUGUCUUCAAGGGACCCCGCUGUGUGCCACUGGAGAAAUGUGGCUGCCUGGAUGACCAGAAUAACUAUUAUGAGCCUGGUGAGAUCAUAUUUGGAGAUGGCUGCUCACAGCUGUGUCGCUGUGCAGGGAACUACACUUUGGAAUGUCUUGAUAACUCCUGUGACCCAACUGAAGAGUGCCGUGAGGUUAAUGGUGUUUCAGGCUGCUAUCCUAAAGGUACAUCUACAUGCAUAGCGUCUGGUGAUCCCCAUUACACCACCUUUGACAAACGCAAGUACAACUUCAUGGGCAACUGCAGCUAUUUGAUGUCUGAACCCUGCAAUCAAACAAGUCUUCCACACUUUGAGGUCCAUGCUGACAAUGAGAAUCGCUUUAACAGGCCCACUAUCUCCUAUUUGAAGGCUGUACAUGUACAUGUACACAUGGUGAAAAUCUCCAUCCUCAAAGGUGGCACUGUGCAGGUGAAUGGGACCAAUACAAACCUGCCAGUUACACCAGUACCUGGUGUGUCUGUGUUCAAGUCAGGAAAGCACUACACUGUGUCCAUGAACUUUGGUGUGACCGUUCGCUAUGAUGGAAAUCACUUCAUGGAUAUCAAAGUAAUCAAAGACUAUCAGGACAAACUGUGUGGAUUGUGUGGAGAUUACAAUGGAGUUGCCAAAGAUGACUUCCGUAAACCAGAUGGGUUGUUGGCCACAAAUCCAAAGGACUUUGGAGACAGCUGGAACACUGAUCCACAGUGUAAUAAGAAACCCAACACCACCAUCCCUGGAUGUGAUGAAGAAGAGCAGGAACUAUAUGAGAGCUCUGGAUAUUGUGGCAUCCUCCUGGACAAAAACGGUCCAUUUGCUGUGUGUCACCGCAAAGUCAACCCCAAUAAUUACUUCAAGGACUGCAUCUUUGACCUGUGUGAGCUGGAUGGAGCCAAGCCCAUUCUGUGUGAGGCCAUUGAAGCCUAUGUCAAUGAAUGCCAGGACCGUGGGGUCAACAUUGGACCCUGGAGGAAUGAAACCUUCUGCCCCCUGAGUUGCCCCCCCAACAGCCACUAUGAGCCUUGUGCAGACUCUUGUCAGGAGACAUGUUCUGGGAAACCUCCCUCCUGCAGUGGGCCCUGCUCUGAGGCCUGUGUGUGUGAUCCUGGCUAUGUCCUGAGUGCCGGCAAAUGUGUGAGGAGGAGUUCAUGUGGCUGCACACACACCAAUGGGCAGUAUUAUGAGCCUGGAGAGGAGUUUUAUGUGGAGGACUGUAAGCUGAAGUGUAGGUGUGACGCUCCCUCCGUUACCUGUAUGGCCUCUGAAUGUCCCCCAAUGCACGAAUGUAAACUCCAGGAUGGAGACCUGGGCUGCUUUCCCACUGGCUCUCAGGACUGUGUGGUAUCUGGAGAUCCUCACUACAACACAUUUGACAAGAAGUUCUACAGCUUCAUGGGAACAUGUACCUACACACUGGCCAGAACCUGCAAGAACAACACAGGUCCUUGGUUCUCAGUAGAGGGGAAGAAUGAGGAGAGAGGAGUGACAGGUGUAUCUUACCUGAGAAAGCUCUACAUCACUGUGAAUGGAAUCACUGUGACCUUAAUGAAAGCAAGAAGAACUCUGGUUAACGGACGGCGGGUGGCCCUCCCUCACUCCCCUUCUCCUCUCAUUUCUCUCAGUCUUGCUGGUCAGUACAUCACCCUGCAGACAACCUUUGGCCUCCAGGUACGCUGGGAUGGAAACCAUUACGCCAAGAUCUCAGUUCCCAGCUCCUACUAUGACCAGAUGUGUGGUUUGUGUGGUGACUAUGAUGGAAAUGGAGACAAUGAUUUCACCACACCAGAUGGCACUCUGGUAGGAAAUGUCAAUGACUUCUGCAACAGCUGGCAGACAGAAGAUGAUGAGGAUGACUCGUGUACCCCGGGCACCAAGCCUGACCCAGACUGUGACCCUAAACUCGAGGCUGAGGUGGUGAAACCAGACAAGUGUGGCAAAAUCAACAUUUCUGAUGGUCCCUUCAGGGAGUGUAUCAAUGUGGUGGAUCCCACUCCCUUCUUCCAGAGCUGUGUGUAUGACAUGUGUCAGUUCAACGGCCAGCAGAAUGUGCUGUGUGACCAGCUCCAGGCCUACACUGAUGCCUGCCAGAGUGCUGGAGCCAAAGUCCACCAGUGGAGGACUCCAGACUUCUGCCCACUGGCCUGUCCUCCCAACAGCUCCUACUCUCUGUGUGUGACUUCCUGUCCGGAGACAUGUCUGGGUGUGGUGGGACCGUCCGGCUGUGAGGAUGUGUGUGUGGAGGGUUGUGAGUGUAAUCCAGGAUUCAUCCUCAGCAAUGACAAGUGUGUGUCACUAAAAGACUGUGGCUGUGUGGACACUAGUGGAGACUAUCACCCUGUGGGUGAUGACUGGUACUUACCAGGUUGUGAGCAGAAGUGUGAAUGUCACAGUGGAGGUUUGAUCCAGUGUCUCAACAGCAGCUGUAAACCAACCACUGAGAGCUGCCAGCUACAAGAUGGAGAGUAUGAGUGCCGUCCUCUGGGAAACGGUAUCUGCUCAGUGUCUGGGGACCCUCAUUACACCACCUUCGACAAACGCACCCACCAUUAUAUGGGAGCCUGCUCCUACACCUUGACAAAACCAUGCAACAUCUCCUCUGGCUUGCCAUACUUCACUGUGGACACUCAGAAUGAGCACAGAGGAAGUAAUAAGAAGGUUUCCUAUGUCAGAGCUGUGGUGAUCAAUGUGAGCGGUGUGACAGUCAUCCUUGGAAAGGGCCGCACUGUGCAGGUCAAUGGGACAGUUGUCGUCCCACCUGUCACCUCCAUCAAUGAAGUGAAAAUCUACUUGAGUGGCAAAUUUGUUGUCCUGGAGACAUCCUUUGGCCUAAGGGUGCGUUUCGAUGGUAACCAUCAUGCUGAUGUCACAGUACCAACCUCCUACAGUGGUCUGCUUUGUGGAAUGUGUGGAAAUUUCAAUGGAAACCCUAAAGAUGACAACAUAAAACCAGACAAAACAUCCGCUGCCAACACUAAUGAGCUUGGAGACAGCUGGCAGGUUCCUGACCCACGGCCCGAUUGCACCAACGGUGGCGGACAUGAGGACUGUGAUGAAGAAGUGGAGGAGGAGGCCAACAAGCCCACCAGCUGCGGCAUGAUUACUGAUCCAAAUGGUAUCUUUAAGCCCUGCCACUCUGUAGUACCUCCCGGACCCUACUUUGAAAACUGUGUGUACGACAUGUGUGCCACCGGAGGCCAAACAGUAGCUCUGUGCCAAGCCAUAGAAAGCUAUGCUGACAUGUGUGCUGCUGCUGGAGUCCCCAUCACAUGGAGAAACAACACCUUCUGUCCUUUGACAUGCCCCCCAAACAGUCAUUACACACCAUGUGGCCCUGCUUGCCCCCAGCCCAGUUGUCAGGACCCUGCAGGCCCAGGUGGCUCCUGCAACGAGCCCUGUGUGGAAGGAUGCAUCUGUAACCCCGGCUUCAUCCUCAGUGGAGACAAAUGUGUCCCACUUAGUGAGUGUGGAUGUACUGAUGAAGAUGGAAAGUACAGGCCGGCUGGAGACUCCUGGUUCACAGAGAUGGACUGUUCAGAGCGCUGUAAAUGUAACAGCAACAACAAUGUAACCUGCGAGCCCUGGCAGUGCAGCCCUGCACAGGAGUGUAAAGUGGUGGAAGGAGUGUUGGACUGCCACUCUACAGGUAAAGGAGUGUGUCACGUGGCUGGAGAUCCUCACUACUACACCUUUGACAAUGUGAUGCACACCUUCAUGGGCACGUGCACUUAUACUUUGGUGGAGGUGUGUAACGCCACCAAGGUAACUCCAUUCAGGAUAGUGGCUAAAAAUGAAGAGCGUGGUCAACCAGAGGCCUCUUAUGUUCGCUCUGUGAAGGUCUACCUCCCUCAUGACACUGAGGUUGAACUGAUGAAGAGCCGCAGAGUUCUGCUAAAUGGACGGCGGGUGCGAACCCCUCUUUCCAUUAACGCAGCUGGAGCUAAGGUGAUAACCAGUGGAUCCUACAGUCUGCUGGAUACAAACUUUGGUCUUCAGGUGAAGUUUGACGGAGUCCAUCACCUGGAGAUCACUGUGCCUGGAGAGUACUUCAACAAGCUGUGUGGCAUGUGUGGGAACUAUAACCAUGAUUCAUCUGACGACAACCUGAUGCCCAACAAGAAACCAGCCAAGGAUGUGAUUGAACUGGGCAACAGCUGGAAAUCAGAUGGAGACAGUGAUCCUCACUGUCAGCCAGACACUCGUCCAGACAUCCAUCCCAACUGUACCACACAGGAAGAGAAGCUGUACGAGGCUCAGUGUGCUGACGUCAUCCUCUCCGACCGCUUCAAGCCCUGCCACUCUCUGGUGCCCCCAGAGGCUUUCUUGGGUAACUGUGUCUAUGACAUGUGUGAGUAUGACGGUAUGCAGACGACACUCUGUGAUAACGUGGAGGCAUACGCUCAGGCCUGUCAGAGCUCUGGAGUCACCAUCAGCUGGAGAAACAACACUUUCUGUCCCCUACCCUGCCCUUUAAACAGCCACUAUUCAGACUGCAGCGCACCAUGCCCGCCCACCUGCUCCAACCUCUUCCCCAUGUCCUGUCACCUCCCCCCUACUGCCUGUGUGGAGGGCUGCCAGUGUGACGCUGGCUUUGUCCUCAGUGACAGCAAGUGUGUCCGUCUGGACCAGUGUGGCUGUCUGGACUCAGAUGGAGAGUACCAUGAUGUGGGAGACUCGUGGCUGACAGAUACAUGUACUGCCUCAUGUACCUGUAACCUUGGUGGCAAAAUCACAUGUAGAGACCACAGCUGUAAUUCCAACUCAUUGUGUGGCCUAGACAAAUAUGGAGACGUCUACUGCAAUCCUACAAAGUUUGAAAAAUGCAGCAUCUCUGGAGAUCCUCACUACCGAACAUUCGACAAAUUCACCCAUCACUUCCAGGGGCCUUACACCUACGUCCUGACUCAGGGCCACAACCUGCCCAACUCACUGACGCCCCUGGUGGUGAGGGGGAAGAACAUCAGACGUGGGGGGAACAGAAGGGUGUCAUUCUUGGAUCGGAUGUACAUUGACGUUUACGGUGUAAAUGUCCGCUUCCUGCAGAAGAAGGAAGUCUUGGUGAAUGGGGAACGUGUUGCACCUCCUCUCAGUCCAGUUGAUGGUUUGAGCAUCACGAUGAACUCCAGGCAGGUCCAGCUCACCACUGACUUUGGACUCACUGUUCGCUUUGAUGGCAGCAUUCGCGGAGAGAUCAUACUGCCCAGCACCUAUAAAAACUUGGUCAGAGGGCUGUGUGGAAACUUUGACGGCAUCACCAGAAACGAGUACAUGAAGCCAGAUGGGACAGUCAUCAGGGACCUGAAUGCAUUUGGAGAAAGCUGGAGAGUCACUGACAGACAAGCUGAAGGACUGGUGACCUAUGACCUUCCUACAUCACUUCAUGCUCACAGGAGAGAGGUGGAGACAGAUCCAGAUUCAGGAUUUGAGACAUCAGACUGCUCUCAGUCUCAGCUCAAUGACUUCAACAGUUUAACUCAGUGUGGAGCACUGUCUGACUCCAAGGGACCAUUUGCUGCAUGUCACGCCACCCUGCUACCCAAAACCUAUCAGGAUGACUGUGUGUUUGACCUGUGUGCUGAGCAAGGCAACGCAGCACUGCGCUGUGCCAGUUAUGAGGCGUACGCUGCAGCCUGUCAGGAGGCAGGAGUCAAACUGGGAUCCUGGAGGCAGCAGCUCAAUUGUGUCCUCUCCUGUGGAGGCAACAGCACCUACUCCUCUUGUAUGUCACCUUGCCCCGCUUCCUGCGCCAACCUGGCCGCACCCUCUGACUGUGACACCACUUCUUGUACGGAGGGGUGCCAAUGUGCCGCAGGCUUCGUCAUGAGUGAGGGAAUCUGUGUGCCGUACACACAGUGUGGCUGCACCUUCCUGGACAGAUACUACCCUCUAAAGGAGAAGUUUGUGACUGAAGACUGCUCUCAGUCCUGUGAAUGCACCAGUACUGGCUCUGUGUGCCAACCUAAAACCUGCCAGCCCAAUGAUGUUUGCACCAUCUAUGACUUUAAACGUGACUGCUUCAGAGCAAGCCCCUGUCUCAGUUCCCCUUGUCAGAAUGGAGGAACAUGUAAGGAGAGCAGCAACACCACGUACACAUGCCAGUGUGCUGACGGCUUCCAGGGCACAAACUGUGAGGUGGAGAUCACACAGACUGGAGGACUUGAAACCAAAUGGAUCAUCCUGAUUGCGGUCCUGGUCUCAGUGGCUGUCGUCGUCAUUAUUGUGACAACAAUUGUGUGUGUGUGCAAAUGCAAAUCCAAGAAAAUCAAGCUUGAGGAGGAGAAACUCAACAUGAAACCCACAAGUGUUCCAUACACAAACAUCGAUGAGCAAAGAAAUCAAAAAUUGACAAAACUGUGAUGACAGUGAAAGCUGCUUAGUGCUUACCUGAAACUAACAAAACAACUGCUGUAUAACAGGAACAUGCACAAUCUGAAAAUAAAAUAAAACUGUACCUAAAGAAGGAAGUAGGU